AUGACUCCUCAAAUCACUGUUACUCCUCCAUUAAUAACUGCUACUGUUGUUACAGGUACCAAGUUCUUGUGUAGCGAAGUGAUCGCCCCGGUGAAGAGUGAAGUUGACGAUAUCCGGCUCUACGUCAUCAACUUCGAGGAUUUGACCAACCCUAGUAGCCCCCUCGACGAGCGGGGGAACAACAGGCUUAGCAAGUGUAAAUAUCUUUAA